AUGCCGAUCAGAGAAGAAGCACGAAAAGGUCCCGGAGCUGUUUUCGGUAUUGGGGUGACCAAUAGCUGGAUCAAAAAGGGAAAAAAGAUGUCAUCUGGGGCUCUUGCGGACAUUGCCCGCCAUAUCAACAGACGCGACCAGGAUGUUUCACCACGAACUAGUGAGCGAUUUAUAUCUAACUCUCUUCGGGUAUUGGAUAACCCGAACAACGACAAAUGUGCGGCAUUGCGUUGUGAACUCGCUCGUAUUUUCCGAACGGGUGAAGAAGUGGUGAGCCGGGGCGUCAUCGAGCAACCGACCUUCACAUACCCCGAUCAACUCCAACAAUACACCACACAUCUCGCGAACAGCGCUCAAGAAGGCGCCGACGUUGCCAAUCGGUACUUUUUCGGAGCGAACUCUCAUGGAUCAAACAUCUAUCUGGAUACCGAGAGCGCCUACGGUGGUAAGACGGCGUUGGUACAGAUAGCCGAUCCAAGCUCGAAACGUUUGCUAUUAUGGCGCGUUGGGAGGGAGGACCGAAACGGAGACGAGCAAGUUAUACGGAUUCUCCGUGAGAUCAGCAACUAUCGUACGGUGUACACGUACGGAGAAGAGAAACUUCUCAAGGACAACGAAAUUAUCGCGAAUGAUGCCCAGCGCGUGAUUUUCACGAGGGAUGGCCGGCGCGUGUCUGAGAGCCUCGCCGAUGCAGCUAAGCGCCGAUUUGGUCAACAUUUUGUUCUUCAUAAGACCGAAUCCUUAAGCGACUGGGACAGGAACUCGCUGCGCACAGAUCAAAUAACAUACGCGAGUAUGGAUGCGGCAAUUCUGGCGUACCUGGUAUGUUAUAAUUUUCAUUACUCAGUCAUGACUUUUUUUCUUUUACAGAUCUGA